AAGUUCAGAGUCGGUUGGCGCGGGUAAACUGGUUUCCCAUUACUACACAGUGAGCAGAAAACCCUAGGAGAGAGAAGGUGAAGCUCUGAGAAAAUGGGGCAGGUAAACGAGCAUCACGAAGCGACUGACGGCUUGGUGAAGCUGCUGACGAAGGCGAACCACGAUCUGACGGUGGUUCAGCACCGGCUCGAGAGGGAGUUCCAGCAAAUCUACCCGGAUAAUGCGAACCCGAUGAAGCUGGUUUCGAGGAUAAAGAAGAUUCAAGAAGAAUUGUCGACUUUGGAAGAUCAGUGCCGCGAACUUCUUUCCGCCAAACAGGAUUUGAUUGAUAAGGCUAGGACGACUUUGGUUGGGAACAGAAACCAAUUGCAGCGGAUGGAGGCAUCGAUGGGAGUUUUCGCCGACGCUGAUUCGGAUGAUUCUGCUUUUGCUAACUUCAACCAGGUCAUUGAUGAGUGGACGGUUCAAGUCAGAUCAAAAACGGGGGAUGAGAACCGGGAUUCUGAUUCGGAGGAUAUCAACCAGUUACUCUUUUCGGCUAUAGUCUAAAGCAACUGCUCUUCUUCAGUGAGGUGAUCAGUAUUAUACACAGAAUCGAUGAGGACAUGCAAAACUUCGUGCAACUGAUGGAGGCAAUGACAAUUUUACAUUCUGGAAACUAAGAUGAACAAGGUAAACUGGUAAAGGGUGAUGUUUAAAAGAAUAUGUAACUUGCAUAACUUGAAUGAAGAAGAAUUGUUACAACAUGAAUAAGAUGUUACUACAAUUUGUAUAGCGGCUUUGACGGUUGAAGCUUUCCAAGAGCAGGGAUCUCUUUCAAGCAAAGCUGCUACUUGGAAACAGGAGGCUGUCCUAACCACUUGGCACGAAAGCCUGUUCCUUUACAGUCGGAACAUCGCAUUGAUCCCUGGAGAAACACGAGAUAGCCGGGUUUUUGUUAUACACUAUUUAUAGCAGAAAAUGCAAAUGCAGAUCGGAAAUUGAAGACGAUAGCAAGAAUCACCAACAGGCUCCGUGAAGAUUUUACUCACCUUACCGGUACAAAUAACACAACUUGUACUUUUCGAAGAGACCUGGCAGAGCAUGUUAUCGCCGAGAAUAAAGAAGCCUGUUCCGGCACACCAUUUGCAUUCGAUAUGACCAUUUGAGUUGCAAGAAGAACAAGCAAUAGGCCUUGGUUGCUGCAAGUAGCGAAAACAUCGAAGAUUUAGACAACAAUAAAUGGAUUUGUGAUUGUGUGGGUGACUUUGAAUGUUCCAAGGAUGUCGAACUCUAAUCUGCGCGCAUCAACCCUUCACAAUGCAAUCUUCAAAAUUCAUUAACCACAUAAUACCUCUAAUUGGAUUAGUACUCCUGUCACCUGUGGUGAUAAGGUAAUCGAAAGAUGGCCAAUUAGGAUUGGUGAAGUUUGCUAGCAUUUAAGCUGAAAAUAGGUAGUUGGAAGAUAGCCAAUUAUGAUUUAAACUCGUGGUGAAGUGUGCUAGAAUUUAAGCUGAAAAUUGAAAGUUC